AAUGCAUUUCAUCAUUCCCUUUGGUUUAAGAGUUCAUUUUAAUACAACUCCAUAGACCAUGCUCUAUAGUCUAAACAAGUGUAGAAAAAGACUAAUCUUCUCUUCAAAGCAAAGUCAUUUUGAUUUGUCAAAGUCUAACGCCAAGUCUCCAUCUCUAUCUGCCUCUAGUAACUAAUAGACGAAUUUACAGUAAAGAAAUGGCAAUCCAGUUAGAAGCCAACUUAAUCCCCUGUAUUCGAGAAAUCUAGCCCGUCAGAUCCAUUAGUUUAUGGUUUUUAUUUGGUACAAGUUGACAAGUUGUAGGAGAGUAAAGGUGUACUAGGUUUUAACUAAAACGAUCAGAAGGACUAUAUUGCCCUUCAAUUUGUUGGAUAACUUCACGACUGAAGGAUGAGGUGAAACUGUGAAAGGGGUUGUUUAUGUAUUUUGGGUUUUGGAAACAUAAUGUUCUUAUCUGUUACCCGAGAGAAAUUCAACUUGAAGUGAGAGAUUUAGCGCAUUGUUACGAUGAUUUUUCUGUUUGAUUGUUCCUCCUGGGUUGCUGGGUUGCAUUGAGUGGCCCUUCUCGAAAGGACUCGUGUCAUUGGGUAUUUAGCAUCUUGUUGAAGGCUUUUUUCCUCUGAGUUUCAGCCUUUUCCAGCUCCGGUAAUCCGCGUAAUAAUCAUGGUGGAAGAUGGAAGAACUGAUGUUUGGGUCGAUACUCAAUCAGCUGAAGACUUGUUAUCGCGUGCCCAGGAGCUUGUACCGACGGCGCUUGAGAAAGCCAAGGAAGCCAAUUGGUUCCCAGGUCGGUGGAAGAUGAUAAUAUCCAAAAUUGAGCACGUCCCAUCUCGUUUAUCCGAUUUGUCGAGCCAUCCUUUCUUCUCGAAGAAUGCACUCUGUAAGGAGCAAUUGCAGGCUGUGACGAAGACCUUGGGCGAGACUAUUGAAUUGGCGGAGCUCUGCUCACAAGAGAGAUACGGGGGGAAGCUUCAGAUGCAGAGUGAUCUUGACGCCUUGUCUGCGAAGCUGGAUUUGAAUCUAAGGGAUUGUGGUCUUCUGAUCAAGACUGGGGUGCUUGGUGAGGCCACUUUGCCAUUGGUCGCCAUUAAUUCUUCUGUGGAACCUGAGGCUUCCACUCCUUGGAACAUACGAGAAUUGCUGGCUCGUCUUCAGAUUGGGCACUUGGAGUCUAAACACAGAGCGCUGGAUAACCUUGUUGAAGUCAUGAAAGAGGAUGAAAAGAAUGUAUUGGCUGUGUUGGGCCGCAGCAAUAUCUCAGCCUUGGUCCAGUUGCUCACAGCAACGUCACCCAGAAUUCGAGAGAAGACGAUCACUGUGAUCUGCUCACUUGCAGAGUCUGGAAGUUGUGAGAAUUUGCUUGUUUCCGAGGGUGUGCUCCCACCUCUGAUCAAGCUGCUUGAGUCGGGGAGCACUGUAGGAAAGGAGAAGGCUACGAUUUCCCUACUGAGAUUGUCAAUGUCGGCAGAUACAGCUCGUUCAAUCGUUGGCCAUGGUGGAGUUCGCCCAUUGAUUGAAAUUUGUCAGAUAGGAGAUUCUGUUUCACAGGCUGCAGCUGCUGGAACUUUGAAGAAUCUGUCGGCUGUGCCAGAGGUGAGGCAGAAUCUUGCUGAUGAAGGGAUCAUAAGCACCAUGAUUAAUCUGCUUGAUUGUGGAUUACUGUUGGGUUCCAAAGAGUAUGCCGCUGAGUGCUUGCAGAAUCUCACUGCCAGCAACGAUACUCUUAGAAAGUCUGUUAUAUCAGAAGGUGGAGUCAGGAGCCUGCUGACCUACCUUGAUGGUCCAUUGCCCCAAGAAUCUGCAGUAGGGGCACUGCGGAAUUUGGUGGGUUUGGUGCCAAUGGAAGCUCUGGAUUCACAUGGUCUUCUUCCACGUUUGGUUCAUGUGCUUAAAGCUGGAUCCUUGGGUGCACAACAAGCAGCUGCUUCUUCAAUUUGUAGGGUUUGCAGUUCAACAGAGAUGAAGAGACUGGUGGGUGAAGCUGGAUGCAUACCUCUGCUCGUGAAACUGCUUGAGGCUAAAACAAAUAGUGCGCGAGAGGUUGCAGCGCAAGCUAUAUCAAGCUUGGUGGCACUUUCGCAGAACUGCAGGGAAGUGAAAAGAGAUGAGAAGAGUGUUCCAAAUCUGGUCCAGUUGCUCGAUCCAUGUCCUCAGAACACUGCAAAGAAGUAUGCUGUUUCUUGUCUCACAUCUUUGUCCUCAAGCAAGAAAUGCAAGAGGCUAAUGAUCUCAUAUGGAGCUAUUGGGUAUCUCAAGAAGCUUUCUGAGAUGGAAAUACCUGGAUCCAAGAAGCUACUUGAACGGUUGGAAAGAGGAAAGCUGAGAAGUUUGUUUAGUAGGAAAUAGAGGCAAUAGCUUUGUGCAAAAUGUACUACUGUCAUGUAACUUUUGCUUGAUGUUUCAUUAUCUGUAUGAAACAAACUAAUUAAACCUAUCAAUCAGAUUUCACCA